AUGUCUGAAGUUAAUGUGACGAAAGUAAUAGUGAACAAUCCCAUAUGUGAUAUUUUAGAUCCAUUCGUUUUUACCAUUGAGUUUGAGGCGUUGAAUAAAUUAGAGGCAGAUUUGGAAUGGAAAAUUUUUUACAUUUCUGCUGUGAACAAUGAUGGGGAGGGGAACCAGGACAUCGAGUUAGAUAAUAUUUUCUUGGGACCCAUUGAGCGAGGUGUGAUGAUGUUUGACUACGCGGUGAAUCCCCCCGACUAUAAGAACAUGGAUGUUGAUAGCGUGCUUGGCCUGCAAGCCAUCCUUAUAUCAGCGAACUAUAAAGAAAAGGAGUUCAUUCGGAUCGCCUACUACAUGAAUUCAUUUUACAAAGACAUGGAACUGAGAGAAAAACCACCCGCCGUACCCCAGUACGAUAAAAUAUGUAGACAUAUAUUUGUGGAAAAUCCAAGAAUUGUAAAAUUUUGCAUAACAUGGGAUGCAGAGGAGAAAGAUGAUUUUAAAGAAUUUGACAAAGAAAAUGAACAGAUCGAGUUAAUGAACUCCAUAAAAAUGAAUGCCGAUCAGAAUAGCAACUCUAACAUAACAAACGAGUCUACGCAGGAAAACAUUUUCGUCUCCAGUGAUAUCCAUGGGAAUGUUGGCACGAACGGUAAAAUGAGCACGCACAUGGAGGCGCACGAAAAUGCCAAUAUGUAUGGCAACACGUACUCCAACGCAGACUUGAACGAACGGGGGGUUCUCAGUAGUAAUGGCGCUUCCACUGAUUUGGAUAAGUGCGAACUUUUUAAUGCCAACAUAAAUGGGAUAAGCAGAAUAACCAUUGAUAAUAAUAAUAACGCCUGA